AUGGCACUGCAGUCAACGGUGGAAGGUGUCGGUGAAGAGAAAGAAGCAUUCCUUUUAUCUAAUAAGUGUGUUGGCUUUUGUGACGUUGGGACUGGCCUCUCGAAAAUCGCACUCAACAUCUUUCUCUCGAGUCGAGUGCGUCCAUCUGCCAUUGUUCGUGGGAAUGACUGUCCGUAUCAUGCCUUUGAACUGUCUCGAGCUUACCGAUACACAGCACAUGAAGUUAACAACCAGGCCUUCCGUCAUUGA